AAGAUAUUAUUGUAAAAUUAUGAACUAAAAGGUAUGUACCUAUAGGUAAAGAGGUGGAACGUAAUGCAGCACUAAAUUUUAUAUAUAAUUCUAAUAAAAUUAAAACUAUUUCAAUUUUUAUUGAUGUCAUUAUUCGAUGAUAUUCCAGUCGUGAAUGUUUCUUUGAGACCACGGCCCUUCGAGUCAACCUCGGGUGUAUUUUUAGAAUGCAAUAUUAGGUCACAUUUGCUGGGGCCGUGAGGCGUGAUGGGUGUCUUCCAUGACCACGUAAAAGAAGCGUUAAGUUAAAAUAUUUGGUUUUAUGAUGAACAAAAAACGAUACUCUUCUUGUACACGCCUUAACAAGCAAGAUGCUCCCUAUAGUAAUAGUACUGUAACGUGUGUCGAUACUUAUGUGUCAAAGACAUGUCCAAAAACAUUGUAAUCGAAGAUAGAUGAGCAUACAAACUACCUAAUAGCAAGUGAUUACCGUGGACCAAGUUCAUCAUUAUAUCAGGAGUUUAAUUAAGGUGCUGCGUACGAUAUUACUGGUGCUAAAGCGUAAAGUGACCAUCAGGUAACCUAAAACUUCGAUUGAAAAACUGUAUUCCAAAGCCAUAGAAGAAAGAAAGCCAUAGAAAGCCAUAGAAGUCUUUUAAAAAAAUACAACUAAAAAAUCUACAUGUAUGUAGGUACCGUACCCAACGAUUUCAUUUACAUUAUAAAAUUACUUGUACUCAACGUUUCAAUUAUAUGAACAACUUUUACGUUUUGUUUAAUAACAAAAAUCAAGAUAAUUAGAACACUCUAUAUUCAAGAAAUCAUUACUUUUGCUACGUUCAAAACGUUUGACAUAAUAUUGGCUUCUCCAUUUAAUUAUAGUUCUCUGGUGAGUUAAUUUUGUACUAGUGUUUGGGUUACCGACUCUCAUUCGUUGACGCGAUAUCACCGCUAGUUUUACAGUAAACACUAUGAAUAAUACGCGUUUGUGUCAAUAAUUAUUGUGCCAUGUGGUUGUUACUAAUAUGCGUUUGUUUAAUCCAAAGGGGUUAUGCCCAAAUACGUUACACGGAAACGAUAGAAGUGUCUUUCCAAAUCGCUGGAAUUUUCGAUCGGAAUGCCAUAACACAUCAACAAGCCUUCAAUGAGACGGUACAUCAUGUCCAUCUCUCUUCUGUCAGGCUACACGCUAUUAUGCUGCAGCCUCCCAGAACUGACAGCUACUCAGUUUGGAGAUCGUUAUGCUCCAAUACUGCAAUGAGGCCAGUUGCAGUUUUUGGACCUCAAAACCCAAUCUCCGACAAGGCAGUUCGUGAUCAAUGCGCUAUUGCUAACAUACCUCACAUACAAGCCACAAUGAAACCACUAGAUCCAGAUCUUGAACUUAAUGAGGAAUUAGAUUCAAGUAAUUCCCAAAUUGAAACCGCCGAUGAGGCUGCUGCUUUUAAGAAAAUAACCAUAAAUUUUUACCCAGAAUCAGACGAAAUAUCUGUAGCUUACGGGAAACUACUAAAUUUUUACAACUGGAAGGUUUUCGCAGUUCUUUACGAAGACGAUUUUGGAUUACUUCGCAUUCAAAAGAUACUCGGCAGACAUAGUGACGACUAUCCAGUAACUGUGUAUAGAUUAGAUCCAGAGGGAGACAACAGAAGUAUAUUCAAACUUCUGAAUGAAGACAGAGAAGAUCGAAUUUUAUUGGAUUGUCAUGUAGACAGAGUUAUGAAAUAUAUGGAGGAAGCUGGUAGCUUCAAGAACUUGAGCAACUAUCAGCACUACAUCUUAGUAACCUUGGAUGCAGCUACGAUUUAUGAUAAAUUAAUAAACCUUCCUUUAAAUGUAACCUGGUUAAGCCUGACAGAAUUUGAAAAAAUUAAAGAUGCUCAACAUUAUUUAGCGACUAGAGUUGGAAAAUGGUCUAAUGACUUUUCAACCAAAGUCAAUCAGAUGAAGACUGAUGAAUUGGUAAUGGAUGAUAUUACCAACCACGUGGUGAAAGCAAUGGAAACAAUAGAAGACUUAAGAAAACCAGAUUUUCCAAUAUGCGAAAAAGAUCCACAUCCCUGGCCACAUGGAGCACAACUACAAAAAGCUAUACUGCAGACUAAAACUGUCGGUGUUACUGGUAACAUAGAAUUCAACGAGAACGGCAAAAGGAUAAACUACGUUUUGUUUGUAAAUGAAAUUUACAUGUCGCAAAGAUAUACUAUAGGGAAAUGGGAUUCAUCCAAUGCCACUGAAAUUGUCGAAACCAGACAAACAGAUAAUCGCACUACUGCGCAACAAAGUAAACAUUUUAUUGUAAUUUCUAGAAGAAACAAACCGUAUUUUUACGAGAAGGAACCAUGCAAGGAGGGAGACACCACAUGUGUGAACGAUAAAGAGAAAUACGAAGGAUUCUCUGUUGAUCUCGUAAAGGCCAUUUUCGAGAUUUUAAAAAGCGAAAACUUUAAUUACACUUACUCCUUCUUCCAUGACGAGGACAAAGAUUAUGGGGAAUAUGACGUGAAAACAAAGAAAUGGAAUGGCUUAAUCGGUGACUUACUCGAUAAGAAAGCAGACUUAGCCGUCUGUGAUCUAACAAUCACUGAAGAUCGAAAGAAGAUUGUGGAUUUUUCAGUUCCAUUCAUGUCGUUAGGCAUAAGUAUAUUGUUUAAGAAACAGCUUGCGGAACCACCUGGAAUGUUUUCUUUCCUCAAUCCAUAUAGUGUCGGGGUAUGGCUGUACACAGCUACCGCUUAUUGCGUCGUUUCAAUGGUGCUAUUUGUUUGUUCCAGAAUUUCACCUGCUGAUUGGGAAAACCCGGAACCUUGCGAGAAAAAUCCAGAAGAAUUAGAAAAUAUUUGGACAUUCAAGAACUGUGCGUGGUUGACAAUGGGAUCUAUCAUGACACAAGGAUGUGAUAUCUUACCCAAGGCUAUCGGAACCCGUUGGGUCUGCGGAAUGUGGUGGUUCUUCUCUAUGAUUGUGUGUCAAACAUAUAUCGCCCAGCUGUCGGCUUCGAUGACAACCGCUUUGGAAAGUGAAUCUAUUAAAAGCGUAGAAGAUUUAGCGGCUCAAAACAAAAUACUAUACGGCGCUAUUAAGGGGGGAUCUACAGUUGAUUUUUUUAAGAACUCCAAAGACAAAACCUUCAGACGUAUGUAUGAAACAAUGAACUCAAAUCCAGCAUUGCUAGUCAAAAGUAACGAUGAAGGAGUGAGAAGGGUUUUAAGCGGAUCUAACAAAUACGCUUUCUUCAUGGAAUCUUCUGCCAUUGAAUACAAGCUUAGAAGAGACUGUAGACUGAAAAAAAUAGGAGGGGAACUGGACAACAAAUACUAUGGGAUCGCUAUGCCAGCAAAUUCUCCUUUUCGAACUCAUAUAAAUAGGGCUAUAUUGAAACUACAAGAGUCGACAAAGUUAGAUAAAAUCAGGAACUUAUGGUGGUUACAAAAGUAUGAUGCGAAAAUCUGCAAGGAUGUAGACGUUGACGCGAACGACGUACAAGGAGACUUGGAGCUUGAAAAUCUUCUAGGUGCUUUCGUUGUACUGAUAGUUGGCAUAUUCUUUAGCCUCAUUAUUACCGCCAUAGAAUUCAUGAACGAAGUCAGGAAUAUCGUUGUUCGUGAAAAUGUCACACACAAAGAAGUUCUUGUCAAAGAAUUAAAAGCUUCGCUGAACUUUUUCAACAAGCAGAAGCCAGUACUGAGGAACCCGAGCCGUGCUCCAUCGUUGGCAGGCACAGAGGAAUCUGAAGAUAAAAACAAAGAGAAGAAGCAGAAGAAAGAAAAAAGCAUUGAAAACUUUAUGGAUUUCGAAAAAGGAGCUUCGAUGAAUAAUUAAUUAAUCUCUAUAUAUAAAAAAUUAAUUGCUGUUCGUUAGUCUCUCUAAAACUCGAGAACGGCUGAACCGAUUUGGCUAAUUUUGGUCUUGAAUAAUUUGUGGAAGUCCAGAGAAGGUUUAAAAGGUAGAUAAAUAUGAAAAUGCUCGGAAUUAAAUAAAAAUAACAA